AUGUCAGCGUCAGAGACAUCCGGGUAUGCCACUGCCAUCCUGGUCGUCAGCUGGACGGGGACUGCCCUGGGCCUGACGGUGUUCAUCCUCCGCUUCAUCAAUAACUGGCGGCUGAUACACCGGUUCGCGUGGGAUUUUCAUCUUGCUGCGUUAACAGUUGCCAUCCAGCUAACGGCUCAAAUCAUCCUCCAACUCUCCCUCAACACCGGAAUAGGCCGCCACCGCUCUGCCCUCUCCUACCAUGAGGCCACGGAGGCCCUGAAAUGGGCCGCCGUCUUUCAGAUCCUCGCCGUCGCCUCCAGCGUCACGGGCAAGCUGGCUAUCAUGGGCUUCCUCGUCCAGAUCCGCGGCCUCCGUGAACGCAGACCCUGGUUCUUCUGGACGCUGGGUAUCCUGCUCAUCGCGAUCAAUGUGGUCGACUUUGGUACCAUGUUGGGGCAGUGUCGACCCAUGCGGAAGAUAUGGGAUUCGGAGAUCCAAGGGACCUGUGAACCGGGGAGGAAGGUGAAUGAGAUAUAUUCAUUUUUUCAAGCUGGAUUCAACGCUUUCUCCGACGCCCUUCUAGCCGCGUACCCGAUCCAUCUCUUCUGGAAGUUACAGAUGGAACUACGUGUCAAAAUCGGGCUAUGGUUCCUCAUGGGACUGGGGUGGAUUGCCGCCGUCUGCGCCGCCAUAAAAACCUACCAAAUCCGCUACCUAAUGGAUCCAUCCGACCUAACCUACAAGAUAUCCCUCCUUCUAAUCUGGGGCUCCACCGAAUCCUGGAUAAUCCUAAUAGUCAGCUGCAUCCCGCCCAUAAAACCGGUCGUCAAACGCAUCUUGGAAAUCCUCCACAUAAUCUCGACGGCCAGUUCCAGCUCGAAAAACAGAUACUAUAACCACAACUAUGCUAGCCGGUCCGGUAUAGCAAGGUCGUUCCAUCCACAGUCUCUAUCGAGGCCUGGUGCUGCGUAUCAGACGUUUAACGGUGGCACUAUUGAUGCCAAUUAUAGUAAUGAUGGGAUCGAUCAUGCUUACUUUGGAAAUAGUUCCAUGUAUGGAUCGCGGGGUCUGGCUCGAGCCCGUGCGUAUCGUGGUGCUGAUGGGAGUUUGUCCUGGGUGUUGGAUGGGAUUGGUUUGGAUGGGGAGGGGCUUGAGAUGGUUGAUCAUGCUGGGAAAAAGUCGCAGGGGAAGAAGGAGGAUGGGGCUGAUGGGGUUGUCAUUACGACUGAUUUUGAGAUGUUCGAGGAUCAUGAUCGUGACAGAGAAUGA